AUGGCGCCCAUACUGAACCCAUCGGCUGCUACGGCACCCAUACUGAACCCAUCGGCUGCUACGGCACCCAUACUGAACCCAUCGGUUGCUAUGGCACCCAUACUGAGCCCAUCGGUUGAUACGGCGCAAAUACUGAACCCAUCGGUUGCUACGGCACCCAUACUGAACCCAUCGGUUGCUAUGGCACCCAUACUGAACCCAUCGGUUGUUACGGCACCCAUACUGAACCCAUCAGUUGCUACGGCGCCCAUACUGAACCCAUCGGUUGCUACGACACCCAUACUGAACCCAUCGGUUGCUCUGGCACCCAUACUGAACCCAUCGGUUGCUACGGCGCCCAUACUGAACCCAUCGGAGAGUAGAAGACUAAAAUAG